AGAGCGGGAAAUAAACACGACUGCGUUUCAACUCCCUUACAAAAAAUUUACGAUUUCUAGUAAAAAAUGAUAAAUUGAUUUGGGUUAGGGUUGGGUUGAAUUUAAAAGCUUAAGUUUUUAUUGUAGAGUAGCAGCUGCUGGUUGUGUCGGCAAACCGCGUUGCUGUUGGUGGUGUCCAAUGAGUGCUGGUGAAGCAGUAGCUGCUAGCUGGCAGUAAGUGUCAGUGUCAGUUGUGAGCACACGAGCAUACAGUUCGCGUGUGUUGUGAGUUUGUGAGUGAGACAACAAACUAAUAUAUAAAAGUGACGAUCAAUAAUAAUAUUAUACAAAAAUGAAUCGGUGAAUGUUAUUUAUGUUUAACAGUGGAUUCAUUUAAAACUAUUUAAUUUUAUUAUAAAUUAUAUAUUAUUUUAAAUAAAUUUAAAUAUCAUGAUAUCCAUUGAUCAUGAAAGGCUUCAAUCAGAAUCAAUUAAUUAUGCUAAAUGUUUUUACGAAUUAUUCAAGAAUACCGCUGAUAAUCAAAGGUCUAAAAAUGAUUGGAAGAAAUGUAAAAAGUCUCGAGCCAACAAGAAGAGGGAGAAGAAAAAGCUGGACAUAAGCGGCGAUUUAAAUAGUACGGGACCACCAGAAAUAGAAUUAUCUAGCAACGCAUCAGCAUUUGCAGUAUUUGCAAGCGUACGUGACUCGAUAUUGGAAAAAAAUUCACGCAUAACAAAUCAUCAUGACUUAUCAUUCAAAACAUCAACAAACUGCAGUUCAACGUCGCCACCCCCGCCAGAAUUAAGUGAUACUAUAGACACUGAUAGUGAUGAUGAAGAUCGAAUAUCAUCGAUACAAAACUUACCUAAAAUAGUUGGUAUAGGAUUGAGAAGUGUGUUUACGUUGAUGCGUGAAAGUAGAACUGUUGAUUCCCAGUUGUGUACUAAGUCAUUGUGUGCAUUGCUGGAUAUUUUGCAAGGACAACUACCAGAGGGUCUUAAAUCCGAGCCCGACGAUGUUAUUGAACCCUUGUUUGAUUUACUAUUGGACUUAGCAACAUCACAUGGUCCAGAAUCAACGGUUGCUAAUGACGGUACACAUUUAACUGCGGUUGCCUGUGCGUGUUUGCUGAGUCUCGUUGUUGUACGCGGCGAUACCGGAAAAUUACUCGCAGCAAUUGCGGCAUUACUCAUGUGUCCACGUGCACUUGCUGUACAAAAUAUCCGCAUGCCUUGUGUUUUAACGUCACUGCAGCGCAGUGUUGAAGCGGUACUGCUGGGUAAAAUAACACGGCCUGAUUGGAUCACGUAUGGAGUCCCGAAAAAUUCAAAAAUUUAUACAUUUAAUUUGCGAUUGACCACUGAAAUUAGCAAUCUUGUGUUGAAUGGAAAGAGUUUUGUCAGCGAUGGUAAAUUUUUAUUCUUACAUACUAAUCGAGGAUUACUAAAAAUUGGCAGUGGGUAUGGCGGUACCAUUGGUGGUCAGAUUUACGCUCAUAAACCGGAUUUUUAUCCAACGGAAAUUGGCUGGCUGGGUUAUGCUAAUAAUGCUUUGUACUUCAAAUGUGCACCAAAAAAACAGUGCGAGUUAUUGGAAUUAGAUGCUGAGUCCUUAAAUGUUAGAGGUAUCGCUGUUUUAGAAGGUAGAGAUUGGCCAUCUUCUGUCAUGUUUUCCGAUGGUGAUAAUUUAGGAAUGAUUACCGCAGGAAAAGAUGAGGGUUUUGUGGUUCGUACAAUAAAUACUUUAAGUAAUCCAGUGACAGUAACGUCUGAAUUACCAUUGAAAUUAGCGCGUAAAUGUGUUGAUGUAUUUGGCUGGGCUUUAUUUGAUGAAGAACAAGCUGUUCAUACAUUAAGUCCAGGUUGUGAUGACGAAGUAGUGUCAGUUAGUGCGGGUAAAGAAUUUUGUAUACUAAAAACAGCAACUGGAAAAUUAUUGUACACCGGCAAAGGCAGUUGUCUGGGUAUGAAAAGUAACACGAGACCAAAUCGCUGGUUAGAAUUUACUUUAGGAAAGGGUACAAAGUGUUUACAAAUAGUUGCUGGUCACGAUGGCCAGCACGUUGUUCUAGUCAUGGAAGAUGGGACUGUACUGUUUGCUGGUACAGCUAGACGAGGUGAAGACGGUGACAGUAAUAAAAUACGGCGUGCAUUGAAGCCGGUUAAACCAAAGAAAAUAAUAAAAGUCGAGGGUAAUUUUAUUGUUGACGCUGCUUGUAACAAUGGCUCGACUGCCCUCGUCUCCAAAGACGGUUUAUUAUUUAUGUUUGGCAAAGAUACGCUGCACAGUGAUCCUACAACGGGUAUCGUUAAUGAUCUUAAAGACGUUUUUGUCCAAAAAGUCGCGUUGGGAAAAGCUCACGCUGCUGUUAUAACAAAUAAAGGUCAUUUGUAUACUUUUGGUAUCAAUAAUAAAGGUCAGUGUGGAAGAGAUUUUUCAGUUGCAAGACCAGUUAAUAAAGAAGUUACAGUAGUCGCUAUGGAAACAGGAACUGGCGAAGACGAACUAAUAAUUGCUGAGGAUGAAGCGGGUGAACAGAGUGAAGAAUGGGAGGAAGCAAGAGGUAUGUGUCCACCUGGUCAACAUCAGUGGAGACAUCGUGCUUGCAUGGUCUGUACAGUAUGCCGUGAAUGCACUGGUUUUGGUAUAUCAUGUUUGAGCAGUAUUCUACCUAAUCGUAAUCCUAAAAGACCUGGACAGGAGUGUGGCUGUGGUGUUGGAGAUAGUGGUUGUGCUGAAUGCGGUUGUUGUAGAAUUUGCGCACGAGAAAGCUGUGACAACGGCGGUGAUAUGGCUGUAUUUGGACCAUCGGGUGGUGGAGAUUUAGGCAUGAUGAGAUUGCACAUGUUAUUUGAAGGGAGAUCGGGUUCUAAUUUCAAAGAAUAUUUAAAGCGACGUCUUGAAGAACGCAAACAACGACAGAGAAUAAAACCUGGUCCGAGUGUCGUCCAGUGGUCGGGAAUUAAAAUGAAAGGAUCCAAUAAUCAAAGACCAGUCGGUCCAAGUGUAGUAGCAAGAAAAGCUGGGUCUGGAAAGCUCCCGUUAAGUAGCAUCCUUACAGAAGACGGUAUCGGUGGUAGCGGUGGCAGUGAUGCUGAGCGCGGAGAUGCGACCCGUAUUGCCAGCAUUCCACCAGCGCGGGUCUCAAUUCCCAGCGAUAGUCCAGUGACUCAAAUAGCCUGUGGUCUUCAUCACACGCUGGUGUUACUUCAGAACGGGGAAGUUUUUAGUUUUGGUAGUAAUAUUUAUGGACAACUUGGUGUUGGUGAUUUGAUUGCUCAUGCCGGUCCAGUACAAGUUAAAAUACCAACAUCAGCAACUCAAAUUGCUGCUGGUAGUAAUCAUACGGUCAUAUUGACUGUAAAAGGAGAAGUUUAUACAUGCGGAGCUUAUCAGAAAGGACAGUUGGGUAUGAACUGGUGGAAUGGACAGAACGAAUCGAACGCAGCCCGUAGAUCCGAGCGGACCCAACCGUGGCAUAGUUUUCCAAAUAUCGUACCAAAUGUCGGACCACGAUGGGGCAGACGCGCCACGUGGAUCGGAGCAGCCGGUGAUCAAACUUUCAUAAAAGUCGAUGAAAUAAAUUCAAUAAGUUUGACCAAGAGCACAGUUAUGGCCAAUAAAAACAGUAUCAUCUUGAUACCUCAUCAUUACGAGCACGCGAAUACGUUCAAGUGUCUAGUGAUAAACAAACGGGACGGCAGUUGCACCAGUUACAGUGGCAAUGAUCAAGUUGAUUUUUCAAACUGUGCUGCGUGUUUGGAUUCACUCUACAACGUUAUCUGGACGUUUAAUCCAUCGACCUACGAAUUAACUCCACACAAUAUCAUAACAACAGAGUCAAGAAAUAUACCGACGUUGAAUGCAACAAUUCUGAGUCCUGGUCUAGCACUACCUGUUGUAUCAACUUGUUUUGUCACACGUACACAGGCAGCGAUGCAUCUUCUGAGUUGUCUUGACACCCUGACUCAGGCCCAAGACGAGCGUCUGACUGUCGUCGAAGAAAAUGAAACCAGCCAAUCAAAUCACGAUAAAAUAUACAGCAGAGAAGACUUUGCGACUGUCAAUAGGUUUGAAAAUCAUGGCGGCGGGUGGGGUUACUCCGGACAUUCUGUCGAGGCCAUAAGAUUUAUGAGUGACACUGAUAUUUUAUUAGGCGGCUACGGUUUAUUUGGCGGUCGCGGUGAAUAUGCUGCUAAAAUAAAACUAUAUGACAUUGGUAUCGAAGGCGGUGAUCAAGAAAAUGAUGGAGAACUUUUGGUUGAAACAGACGAGAUACCUUACGAGUGCGAGCCGCGUCAGAAAUAUUCAAUUUUAUUUGACGAACCGGUGGGACUGCAAGCAAACCGUUGGUACGUCGCGUGGGUUAAAGUUAGCGGGCCAUCGAGUGAUUGUGGCUCUGGUGGACAAGCCGUCGUGACAGCAGAAGAUCAAGUAAUGUUUUAUUUUAAAUCAUCAAAAAAAUCAAACAACGGCACUGAUGUCAAUGCCGGACAAAUACCUCAAUUACUUUACCGCGUAAUAACACCCGAUAAUCAAUCGACAAAUCGUCCAAGAGAUCACAUUGAACCUGUAUAUAUUUUACGACGUGAAUUUAGUAGAACUGUUACCAAAGAUUGCUUUCAAUCAUUGAUAUCAUUGUUGCAGUGGAGCUGGAAUACUUUGAAAGCUGGAUUGUCUGAUUCAUCACACAGAUUACCCACGACCUCUUAUCACUCGGUACUGGAAAUGGAUCACUUGGUUUACAUAAGUAAUGCAAGUCUAAGAUUAUUACGAACUUACACCAAUGAAAUUUACCCAAAUCAAUCGGGUAAGAAAACUCCUCAGGAAUCAGUGAGAUUGGCUGAGAGUAUCGGAGAAGUUCGCGCGCUUUUAAGGCAAAUUUUAGCUGACGCGAUGCCGCUGAGUAGUAAAAGCAAAGGCAAAACUAAAGGGAGUAAAACUUUAGACCGCGUGGCCGGUAAUGGGGGCAAUAAAAUAAUUGAUAUUAUUCUCGAUGAGUGUCACAAGACUUUCGUAGCUUGUUAUCACGCGUUUUAUCCAACGGCGUAUUUAAAAUGGACGUCAUUGUGCGAAUUACUGUCUGAGAUCGAUAAAGAACAAGGGACGUCACCGAAAGAUCGAUUGCUGUCAGCAGUAUUGGCAUCACUCUGCAACUCGAUGGUGCGGUUACGCUGUACAUUUCCAAUACUAAGCAACGUCAUGGACAGCAGUGACGGUAUAAAACGUCAGUUAAGUCCGUCAGACAAUUCCGGGUUACCAAUGAUGAGUUCAUCAGAGCCACACCAAUAUCCGAUUUUAGUUGAGCAAAUGAGUUACAAGUCACAGAUAGAAAGCAUCGGACGUCAAGUACUGAACUGGUCAUUUCGCGAAGUACUUGACCGCCUACUUGAUCUUAUUCUGAUUCCAGUAAAACGUUCGUUGUGCCGCGAAAAAAAUUACUCAUUAAAAAAUUUAAUUCUGCACUGCUGUUAUCUACUGGCACGCGUUAUUGCUGAAUUAGCAGCACAAUCAAGUGGUAAUGAGGAUGAAUUACAAGCAGCAUGUGGUAAAUUUAUGUAUACAACACCAUCAAGAUUUACACGUACAAAUCAAACACGUACAUGGAAUACAGGGAACGGUUCACCAGACGCUAUUUGUUUUACUGUUGAUCGUCCAGGUAUCGUAAUUGCCGGUGUCGGUAUUUACGGUGGUGUCGGAAUGUAUAAUUAUGAGCUUGAAUUACUCGAUGAUCAAAAUAAUACCGGUAAUGAUCCAUCGCAUACACAAAGAUGGAGUAGUUUGGAUUUUACCCGGGGUUCAUUUGGUCCAGAUGAUUGUGUGAAUGAUAUUGUUGAGUUGAAAUUUUCAAAGCCGAUAACCAUCAAAGAGAAUAUUAAAUAUGCAAUAAGAUUACGUAAUCACGGUGGUAGAACGAGUAACGGUGACGGUGGGUUAAAUAUAAUACGUGGUCCCGACGGUACAAAUUUUACAUUUACCGCUUGUUCAUUAAGUUUCAAUGGUACAACACAAACACGUGGACAAAUACCUCACAUAUUAUAUUAUUCAAAUCCUCAAGAUUCAGAGAGUCCGCAUACAAGCAAAGCUAUUGCUGAAAUGCAAGCACGUAAAUGUACUCUUGCAAUGACUAUGACAAUAGUAACACGUGCCAAUGAAAUUUUAGCAUUAGCACGCGAACGUGCUGAAGAUAUUGUCACUACUGAAGUAUUAGGCAACGCGACAUUUAUUACGACACUGUUGCCGCUGGUUAUGGCACAUCUUGGACCACUAGCAACCUCCGAUCCGCGAAGCGCCGUCCAAGUAUUGACGUUAAUACAAGAAAUGUUACCACAUGUCGCGGGUUUAAAUUUACUGACAGCGAUGGGAAUGUCACAGGUGUCACAAGAGAGCGAUAAUCAGUUGCAUUCAUCCUCACCAGUCACUACAAGUCAUCAUUACACGUGGGUUGAAAGCGACCAUCCUUACAAACCUGCAAGUGUAUCUCAUUACAAAGUCUCUUUUCCUGAUACCGUUAAGUGGAUGACGAUUGAAUUUACGCCUGAGUGCGGCACAUCGCAGCCGGAAGAUUAUCUCCAGCUUUAUAUUCCCAAUAAUAAUGGCAGCGGUAGUAAUAAUAAUAAUAAUAGCAAUAGUAAUACUAAUACUAAUACUAAUACUAGUGGAUUGUUGAACAAGAAUCAGGACGACAAUUUGUCGUCGAUUUAUUUACCGGUGUUGCAUAAAAUGAGCAAUGUCGCGAGCCAAUGGCCGCAAUACGCGAUAGUGUUGCCUGGUAAUGAAGUCAUAUUUUCAUUGGAAACAGCCUCCGAUUAUAUGAAAGACGAUAUGUCGAUUACUUAUGGGUUUAAGUGUUUGGUUAUUGGGUAUGACUGGAUCACGGCUGGCAAUGGACUUAAAAAUUUAGAAAUUGAAUUAUCCUUUUUGGGAGGCGCCUGCGCUGCGAGUCUUAUGAAGAAAAAUCUUAUGCUGCCGGCUGUUUCAAUGGAAGAAGUGGAGGAUAAUGUGAAAAUUGCUCAAGAAACGGCACGAAAAAUAUUUGCUGGUCAUUCAUCACUUCUAGGCAGGGGAUUCGCUCUCGCUACGUCUCCUACGGUAACUCAGGCACUUGAUGGCGUUCUUCCGUUUAGUUGUCACUCAAAUGAGCGACUAUUCCUCAGGGAUUUUGUUGUCUGCUCGGCUGGAACGAGCGGCGGUAGACUUGCACGAUGGCUCCAACCUGACAGUUUUGUGGAUCCAUCGAAAUGUGAAGCGAUUUAUGCCAAGGAAGAUAUGAAAUGUGGUUGGCCUGCAAUUGUUACUAUUCUCACGAGAGAUCAGUAUGGAGAUGUUGUUCAUGUACCUGCUCUAAAGAUCGAAGUAAAAGCUGUUCCAAUAGAUAAGAAAGAUAUAACGGACGCAGAUCAGGGUAGAAAAAUUCGUCGUAUAUCUCAACCAGAUCCAAUGACCUUUGGAGGUCAUCCACAGCCGCCCUUAGAUAUACCUUACGAAGUAACUGUUAAUAAUAAAAUGUGUUUUUACGCAAUAACAAUAAUGAAGGCCUAUCAAAACUAUUCAUUCGAAGAAUUGAGAUUCAUGUCACCUGCGGUGAAACGAUCUAGUGAGAGUAUGCUAGUCAGACCUAAUGGUGAUGGCAGUUACAGUGCAACCUGGACACCCUCGUCCGUCGGUUGGUACUCGCUUAUGAUCACCAUUGACGGAUACAAUAUGGAAAAUAAUUAUAAAGUAGAAAUAAAAGAACCUCCUCAGGGAAUGCAUCCACCUUCGCAAAAUAUUGUUAAGAAACCUCAGCAUCAGCCAAGUAGACUUAGGAAAUUUGUUAUGAAAAAUAGCGCAGGAUUGAGAAUAAGAGCACAUCCGUCCUUGCAAAGUGAACAAAUUGGUAUUGUACCUGUCAGCGAUACUAUUACAUUUAUAGAAGAGAUCCAUAAUGACGAUGGAGUCUGGUUAAGAUUAAAUUCCGAGACCAUUAAAAAUUACUGUAGCAAAGGAUAUACCGAGGCCUGGUGUCUCGGCUACAAUCAACAUUUAGGAAAGACUUUUUUAGUGCCAAUAGAUGAGCCAAAAUCAAUUCUAGAUCAAGUUCGUAAAGAAAUAUCUUUAAGGAAACGCUUAGAGUCAUCGGAAGAUAAAAGAAAAAAUGUCGGCGGAGCAAAUGAUUGGGGAUGGACGGCAAUAAACGGGGAGAGAACGAUGGUCGUCACAAAAGCUGGCGCUUCGGGACAUAAUAUAAGAAGCAGACCCAGUUUAAAAGCUGCUCCCGUUGGUAUGUUAGCCCUGGGAGACUCAGUAAAUAUCGAGGAAUACUGGGUGAAUGGUGACGGGACUUGGAUACGCAUUGACGAAGAUUCAGCGUCAAAGUACUGCUUCAAUCAUGGCGAGGCUUGGUCUUUAGCUAUUGAUAAACACGGAACCACUCAUAUGAAAGCUAAACACGAUAGCGAAAAUGAGCCACCGGAAAAACGGACUCCUAUUACUGUUGAAUCCACAACAAAAUCACCAGUUAACAAAGGCUUUGAUUUUUCAAUUCCUUCCGGUAGUAACGAUGGAUUUGCAUUUUCAACGCCAAAUUUUUCAGCCACUAUCGCUGGUAACAGCGAUUACAGCGAAAGUGUUAAUCCAUUUGUCUUUAAAUCUCGUAGCCAAAGCUCCCCGGGUAAUUUUUUUUUUUUUUACUCUUUUACCACAAAAAAAUCAAUUGAAUUAAUUGAAUUAAAAAUUUUUUUUUAUUUCUCAGGAAGCGAUAAAUACAAUUUAGAUAAGAAUGAAAUAUCGCCAAAGUAUACUAAAUUACAUUCUAAAGAGCGCGUUGCUAAAGAACGUGAACGUGACGGUGGUGGUAAAUUUAGCGUAUUACAAAAAUGGCUAAGAGGCGACGAUAAAGCAGACAAAAGAAGCUCUGGCAGAGAUUUUUCUGAAUUCGUCGGGGUAUCAGUCAAAGAAUUAGUCAAAGCGAUGGGUGAAAGUCGUGCUAAUGGAAACGGUGCAACUCCACCAGAAACACCGCGUCGAUUAUCACGAAGUUCAUCUCCAAAAAAUCCUCAAGGUGGGUCUCCAAGAUUGCACAGCAGAUCGUCUAGUCCAGUUGCUAUACCUGCUGGACCCAGUCGUCAGCCUGCUGGUUCUGGCAAUUGUCUCAUUCCUCCUGUCGCUAAUGCUCCAGGUGGGAGAAGUUUGAUUGAAGGGGGAGGGAGUGCUGGUAGCAGUCCCUUGCACUAUGGCUCCCCCCGAAGUGUCGGGCUCUCCCCUUUAGUAUCAGGCGGAAUGUUGGACAGCGGGACAUCCCACCGUCGUGGCUCAACACAAAGUGACACAAGUGCCUUAGUCAGUAGCCUGACACGUGAUCCAUCAGCAUCACCAAGCGGAAUAAGUAGUGCGUUAAAUACCCGCGAUAUUUCGCCAAGUCCGAGCUGUAGCUCACUACAAAUGCGAUCUGAAGACAGUAUUGCAAGUCCACCAGAUACUCCACGCAAGGAUCCAACUCAGCAGGAAUUUAUUCCUCAAACUCCCCAUCAUCAUCCGCAUCCGCAUCAACAACACCAACAAAAUCCCAAUGAGACACCGAUUAAAAAAGUGUCUCAAGCUCAAACCCAAACAAGUCCCGAGAAUGCAACGAUCGCGACGAAAGGACAUUUCAGUAUCGGCUCAUCCGGCGCAAAAGAUGACCGUCAAUCGCCGAAAGUAACUCGCCGCAGUCAUAUAAAAAUCGUCAAAACCCGAACUAAACGCGCAAUAUCACCAGCGAAUGCUCAACAGUCCUCACCAAGUCCCGGACGUAUGUUGAAUCUCAACAAAGACAAAGUAAAAGAAGCGAUGAGCCCAUCAGUGGCCGAAUGCUUACGCGCAGUUUUCGCGGCAUUUCUCUGGCACGAGGGUAUCGUCCACGACGCAAUGGCUUGCGCGAGUUUCCUUAAAUUCCAUCCAGCUUUGCCUAAAAACGGAGCGCUCGUUGUCACCCGGCAGCCAGUAGUUCACGACAAAACUGGUGACAAAAAUAAAGAUGAGCUGACCAGAGAACAACGCGCUCGUCAACGGCACUCUGUUGAGGUUACAACCGCUGGUAAUUAUCUCCACAUUCAGCCGAGUACUCUCGAGGCCUUGACCCGAUCAGCAGCAAAUGCGAACGCUAAUCGCAAUCGUAAUAAGAAACAGGACACGACGACAACGACCACCACCACGACGUCAUCGACGACAAUAAAAGAACAAGUCACUGGCAAUAAAUUGAUGGCUUUGCCUGAGACUCAUACUGUUGCUGUUUUACCACCGGCAUUAAAAAGUCUUGUGUUUCUUUGGGAAGAACUGAGUAAUAAUUGUCUCCAAGCUAUUGAGGAACAAACUGUUUUCCCGAGUCCUAUUUCACACUUUCAGUUACUGAAGACACCAAAAAAAUCGAGCGCUGAUAAAGACAAGGAAAGAGAUAGAGACAGGGAUAGGGACAGAGACAGGGACAGGGACAGAGACAGAGAUAAUAAAGAAAAUAAAGAUGAAAAAAUAUCUGGCAGUGGAAAUAUUCAAAAUAUGAAAGACAAAGAUAAGAAAUUAAAUAAAAAGAAAAAAGAUUUGAAUAAAAUAAUAAGCAAAUUCGGUUUAUCUGCUGAAGAAAAUACGAGCGAAUUGGAGACAACUUGCGAAUUAUGUGGGCAAAUGUUUCCACAUCCGAUAACUUAUCAUAUGAAAACAAUGCAUCCAGGUUGUGGAUGGCAUUCUGGUGGUAUGGGAUACAAUAACGUUGGUAAUUAUUGCUCUGGAUGGGCGGGUAAUUGUGGGGACAGUGAUUUUGGCGGUACAUGCUGGUAUUUAAUUUGUGAUGAAUGCCGGGAUAAUUAUUUGCAAAUACGUAGAAAUAAAAUGGGUAACAAAAAAUUAUCAAAUGGCAGUUGUUUGUCAGCAACAGCAAGACGUAAAGGAAUAAAAACAUUUUUAUCCCCAAUAAAUAGUCCAAGUAAUAAUGACACCCAUAUUAUUAUGAAAAACAACGCCAUGUUUUUAUUGGAUUUGUCAAGUGCCGCGGGUGUUUCUAUUCCUAAACAACAGCGCAGGCCGUCUCAGACACUGACAUCUGUAGCGGAAAAUUACAGCCCACCGGAAAUAAACGCGGGACCAUUCCCACCUACUGGACCAUUUCAAUGUUUGCAAGCGCUUGGUGUUCAUCAUUCAUCGAGUUCACUCAACGAAGAACGAUACUAUGAAGAGACACUGCGUCGUCAAAACGGCCAUGGGAAUUACGAGAGUAAUUACAAUAAUUACAGUUAUAAUUACGGUACCAAUGGCAGACCUUUGUCUGAGUGUCCGAUGAGUGACAGCGACAGUGACGGUGGCAAAGGCCGUGGAAUUGGCGCCGGAAUGUUCCAUAGGUCAGUGUCUAUGUCAACAGGUGCUCCCUGGGCGCGUAACAGCAACGACGGGCGAGUCGUCAUGAUGAGAAAACGCAACAACAGCAGCAGCGAAAUGAAUACUGAAGCCGGGUCGUCAUUACUCUGCUAUCCGUCAGCGGCGUUACAGAAAUUAGUGCCGUCGAUGGAUCAGUCGGCGAUAGUCGCAGUAAAUCAGGAUGAAAUUUCUAGUGUAGAUCGCGUUGAAAUGCUGACGAGACCAGUGAUGUUAUUUGUUUUGCAGCAGCACAAUCUCCAGCAUCUCCAGUUGGCAAUGAAGCAGGCGCUGCGUAGAGCUGCGUGUCGUAUCUACGCGAUGCAGGCAUUUAAUUGGCUUCUGAGAAGCGUGACCCAGCCUAUGGGUCUGCAUGAUUUGCUGUGGUGGUUUAUGGCCUUUUUGACACCAGCAACUCCUGAUCCCACGGAAGCUCCUGACGUUGACAAUAGAGUGGAACGUAAAGACGACCUUGACAUGACGGGGGUCUACGAGCAUCCACUUGGUGAUUUAGCUAUCGCUGGAGAAGCCAUCAAUCCACUGCCGAGUGUCUUUCAUACUUUGCUGCAGACAAUUGCCGACUUGAUGUUACUGCCCCCGCCUGGGUCACCGCUACAACAAGCAGCUGUCCAGUGCUGGGGUAUAAAAUUCACUCCAGCUGAUCAUAUGUUUUUACAUCGCAGUCACGUGUUCAGUAACAUCAGCAAAAUUUUAUCGCGAUCUGAGGAAGAGGAAGACGUCACUAUGAGCAUGCACGAGAGUCAUCAGUCCACGUACUCACAGCAGAUAACAACUUCGGUUGAAUCCCUUAAAGAUUUGACUGCCGGUGUCGAAAUAAAGGGCUCAAGUAGACAGGCCAUGAUCGGACACUUGACUGAUAACUCAACCGAAACAUUCUGGGAGUCUGGUGACGAGGACAGAAAUAAAACUAAAACAAUAAGUAUUAUUUGCAGCGCUCAUACAUUCCCACGUAUGAUUUAUAUUCACAUCGACAACUGUCGCGAUUUGACACACAAAGUGUCGAGUGUUACAUUCCAGUCUGGUGUUAAUGUCGACGAGAUGAUAAAAUUAAAAACAGUCGAAAUAGAAAGUCGUUCUGCCGGGUGGGUCAGCUGUCCAAUAAUCGAUUCCCGUCAUAUUAUCAUUGGAUUAGAAUUCAAAGGCCCCGAUAAUUCACUGCGCGUAAGACAGAUUCGCGUUCUUGGUGAAAUCGAAGGCGAGUCUCUGAAAAUUGGAAAGCAACUGAGUACUCUAACAAUCCAGCAGCGCAAUUGUGAGUCAGAGACACUAAAAGUAUUUCGUUUGAUAACUUCCCAAGUUUUUGGUAAAUUAAUUCAGGGCGAAUUCCGGCAACCGCAGCAGCUAAAUCAGCAAGAAGAACCAAAUAAUGAAUUAGAAGACAGCAAUGAUUUACGCGAACACAUGGUGGGAAUUUUAUUCAGCCGUAGUAAAUUAACGCAUCUACAAAAACAAGUUUGCAGUCAUAUUGUGCAGGCCAUCAGAAAAGAAACAAUACGAUUGCGCGAAGAAUGGGAGCAGAGCUUAUGCUCACCCACUCCCGUAAACAGCAUCUUGAGUGACUCAAGUGAUCUUCCUAAAGCUUCCGACACCUACUGCUUCGAGAUGCUAUCGAUGGUAUUGGCGCUGAGCGGUAGCGCGGUCGGUAGAAAUUAUCUUUCUCAUCAGUACGGUCUGAUAAAAGACAUACUGAGUUUGCUGCACACCGGAUCUGCGCGCGUCCAGCGUCAAGUGACGUCUCUGCUGCGAAGAAUUUUGCCCGAAAUAAAACCCGAUAAUUUAGCCAACGUAUUGGGAGUCGAACGACUGCCCCCGUCGGAUUUUAGUAUCGUGUCGGUAACAAAUAGCGGGAAUUCCAACGCCUGCAAUUUUGAUGAACACGCCGCGGGAAUACUGGACGUCUUUCUGAGCUGCAUUGCCAAGACACUAGCAGUGCAAGUAAAGAUAAAAGGAAAAGAAAGUAAUGGAAAAGCCUUGCAAACAGUUUCCUUGGGAACGAGCAUUCAUCCGAAGAGUUACGUCGGGUCUAGAUGGUGGCUGCGCGGAUGCAUGACACGUAAACUUGCAGAGGUUAUUAUUAAACUGCUUAAAGAUAUGGCUACGGGUAAACUAUCGGACACAUGGGCGGCAGUUACGAAAGCUGCUAUAGCCGAAAAUAUAUUAAAUUUAACGCGAUUGGAUGAAAAACGACGUGAACCUGGGGAAUGUUUACGUACACCCACACUCUGGCUAGCGCUGUCUUCUCUCUGUGUAUUAGAUUCCGAUCACGUCGAACGUCUCUCCUCGGGACAGUGGAAUGCAACAAUGGACGGACAGCCACCGCCGCCACGUCCCACCUGCAGCAACCACGACGACGAGGAAACUACCGCGAUAAUUCAGUGUAAUGUUUGCGGUAAUUUGUGCGCUGACUGUGAUCGCGUACUACAUUUACAUCGACGCACGCGAAUGCACAUGCGGCAGGUUUGCAAAGAAGAGGAGGAAGCGAUUCGUGUUGAUCUGCAUGAAGGCUGCGGUAGAACAAAACUUUUUUGGAUUCUCGCGCUCGCUGACAGCCGAACAUUAAAAGCCCUCGUGGAAUUCCGGGAUGGUACACCGCGUAAACCUGUUGGUACUUCUGGGGUUUGUCGUUUUUGCGGUACCAGUGGAAAUUCCGGGUUACUGGCUAUUGGUAAUGUUUGCUCGGAUCAUGAUUGCCAAGAGCACGCUAAGAAUGCUUGUACUAAAAUUAAUUCCUGCGGUCAUAUUUGCGGUGGAGUGAGAAAUGAAAAAAAUUGUUUGACUUGUCUACAUGGCUGCCAGGCGACCAGUGAUUUAAAACAGGACGCGGAUGACAUGUGUAUGAUAUGUUUCACUGAGGCUCUGUCCUGUGCGCCGGCUAUUCAGCUCCAAUGUGGCCACGUUUUUCAUCUUCACUGCUGCCGGAAUGUGUUGAUGAAGAGAUGGGUCGGCCCGCGAAUAACUUUCGGGUUUUCUUUCUGUCCGAUCUGUAAAGUGCCGAUUGAACACCCGACAUUAGAGGAACACUUGACCAGCAUCAAGGAAUUGUACACUGAUGUCAAGAGAAAGGCACUCAUGCGACUGGAGUAUGAAGGACUGCACAAGGCUGAAGCAGUGAUAGCACCGGGCGGACGUUACUACAAGGACCCCGCGGCAUAUGCGAUGGACCGGUACGCUUAUUACGUCUGCUACAAAUGUCAGAAGGCGUAUUAUGGAGGUGAGGCUCGUUGCGAUGCCCAGCUCGGUGGCGAAUCGUUUGAUCCUACGGAGCUGGUCUGCGGGGGCUGCAGCGACGUGGCAAGGGCUCAGAUGUGUCCGAAGCAUGGAGCUGAUUUUCUUGAGUACAAGUGUCGGUACUGCUGCUCAACGGCUGUCUUCUUCUGCUUUGGUACCACGCACUUCUGCAAUCCAUGCCACGACGACUUUCAACGGGUUACAAAUAUAUCCAAAAGCGAACUGCCUUCAUGUCCAGCUGGUCCACGAGGUAAACAAUUAGAAGGCGACGAAUGUCCACUUCAUGUAAAACAUCCGCCAACUGGUGAAGAAUUUGCUCUUGGCUGUGGAAUUUGUCGCAAUGCGCACACAUUCUAAAUAAAAAAAAUUAAUAAC